GUUCCGCCCUCUCACAUGCAGUAGUCUGUGCUGCUAUUAUAAAAGGCUGACACUCCUCUAAUCCACAGGCGUAGAAGCUUGAUAAUCCAGACUCAUUAAAGGUUGAGAUUAGCAGAGAUCUGGUAGGGGAGGAAUGAAAAACAGAGGCACAGAUAGGAAGGGAGAGGGGGAGAGUGACAGUGCAUGCAUGACAUGGAUGAGCUAUGCUGCUCUGGGAUUGGUGAACAUAAAUAGCCAAGCAAUCACAGAGGAGGCAGGGAAAAUAACAAGGCUAGCGAAAAGAUGGAGAAAGGGAAGAGCUAUGAAAAAAGAUAGAGAAGGUGAAAUCAAAAGACUACAGAGUAGAGGCAGAGCUAACAAAGACAGAGAAGGUAUAAAAAUGGGAGAGAGUGCAGAUCAGUGAGAUUUCCAGAGAGAACAGGAAGACAGAAGAGAGAGGGAGGUGAGCAGCUAGAAGCAUCAGCACAGAGAAAAUACAUCAGCCAGACCAACAGCAUCAACCUGGGCACCCAUACUCUGAGAGGCCUGGAGCAACGGGCCUACACAGGCAGCACACAGCAGGGCACAGGCCUAGCCAACGGCCCACAGGCCCACAGGAGAGAGAAAAGACGCCCAGUCCACAUUGUCAGCUGCUGUAGCCAUGAGGACUGCACGGAAGGGGAGCGUGGAGAUGCCUGCAUUUGUCCGGCAGCUGGUGAAGGAGACAGAGAAGAGGGUCAGCUCCUUCUUCAAAGGAGGGGGGCAUGGAGGGGCAGAGCACACAGUUGGGGAAAGAGAGGAGGUGAUCUCCAGCCCCUACCUGGACCGUCCCAUCCUGGACAAGUUGACUGAGGAGGGUUGCUCCUGCUGGGGCCUGACCUAUGCUCUGUGCAGCAUGCAGGGCUGGAGGGCAAACAUGGAGGACUACCACAACUGUGUGCCUCAGCUGGGCACAGGGCUGGCAGACUGGAGCUUCUUUGCUGUGUUUGACGGGCACGCGGGAAACCAAGUGGCACAGUACGUUUCACAACACCUGCUGGAUCAGGUCCUAGCUACAGGAGGGAUCGGGCCAGAGGACCACCCUGAUCGGGUGAGAGGGAGCUUCACAGAUGGCUUCRUACACACAGACAAACACCUGCUGACUGCAGCCCGCCGUGAGGGCUGGGAGCGGGGUGGCACCACCGUGACCUCCACUCUCAUCUCACCACGAUACAUCUACUUCGCCAACUGUGGAGACUCGCGUGCCAUGCUGUGCCAGGCAGGGCAGGUGUGCUUCUCCACUGAGGACCACAAGCCCUACAGCCCUCUGGAGAGGGAGCGCAUCGAGAGCGCCGGCGGCUCCGUGUCCCUGCAGCGCAUCAACGGCUCCUUGGCCGUGUCCCGAGCCCUGGGGGACUUCAGCUACAAGGGGACAGUGAACCGGCCGCCCACCCAACAGAUGGUGUCUCCGGAGCCAGAGGUGUGUGUGGUGGAGCGGUCGCCCGGGGAUGAGUUUCUGGUGCUGGCCUGUGACGGGGUGUGGGACACGGUCUCCAACGAGGAGCUAUGCGCCUUCAUCCAGAGUCGGCUGCGCGUCUGCACUGACCUCAGAGAUGUCUGUUCCCAGGUCAUUGACCUCUGCCUCUACAAGGGCAGUCUGGACAAUAUCAGUAUCAUCUUGGUCUGCUUCCCUGGCGCCCCCCAGCUCUCAGCAGAAGCAAUACACCAGGAGGCAGAGCUGGAAGACCUGCUGGAGUCCAAAGUGGCAGAGAUUUAUGAGGAACUGAGUACUCAGGGGGAGGAGCCUGACCUGCUCACUGUCCUCACUGUUCUGGCAAACACUGAUGUCCCAGGCUUACCACCUGGAGGUGGUCUGCAGAGCAAAAGGAACUGUAUCAUCUCCGCCUAUUACGAAAAGAAAGAGGCACACAAUCCUACUACACCUAAUGGGCUUGGUGGUUCUGAGAAGCUCGUCUAGGUUCUGUCGUUUGGGAAACGUCUCUGGAAGACAACCAAUGCCAAAAAAAAACUGUUUUCAUUAUGUGGCAAUUCAACCAAUCACAAAAUGAAUUUGGUCUCUCAUCCCUCGCGCCAAGUAAAAUGGUGAUGUAACAAGUACAACGCAAUUUGUGAAAGCUAAAACUAUAGAUUUUAUAUUUAUACAAUAUGGGGAACAUUUUAUUUUAUAGGACCUGGCGCUUUCAAACACAGAGAUUCUUGCUCAGCAAUAUGAUUCAGUAGUUGACAAACCAUCUGAUAUAUAUUCAUCCAAUAAUAUCUAUAACAAUGUAAAAUUCUAAAAACAUUUAUUUAUGGAUUUCAGGUUGAUGUUUAGUUUUAAGAGUCAUCAAACCUCUCUCUCUCAGUCCUGUGUUUGGUCUGGUUUGCAUGACCUGUACUGUGCUGCAUUACGUACCUUGAUGACAUUAGAUUUAACAUGUUACAGUGAUAUGACAUAUGACCAAGACAAACCCAAGAAUGGUCAGUAGAUCCAUGAACUUGUUAAUAUAUUAUCAAAUGUGAUUUAAAUGAGUAUGUGCUUUACUUACAUACUGUUUAGACAUUACAUGUUCUGACUGUUUUCAGACAGAAUAAAAAUUAUGUGACUAAGGACUUGUUUAGGAUUUACCAGAGAGCACCACAACAUCCAGUUACAUCUCCAUCAUGCGGAUACUCAACUACUUAUUUAUUAUGAAAAAUAUUUUAUAGUUAAUGUGAUUAACUGAUAUGCAAGACCAUUAAAUGUUUUCGUGUAAUAAAUGAUUA